AUGCUGAAGAUCGUAUAUAAUGAAGCUAUUACAAAAGGAGAAACAGAAUGUCCAAUAUGUCAGCAAGAGUAUAAAGAAGGUGAACAACUUGAAAUAACGGAAUGUGGACACUUUUACCAUCAGGAUUGUAUAAUGCGUUGGUUUACAAUGGAGGGAGGUAGAAAUCAUGGCACAUGUCCAACAUGUCGUAGUGUACUGAAAAUAUCCGUGCAUCCAGAGAUUGCUGAGAUAAAUAAAAAAUUAGAGAAAGUUGGACUCGGUUUUAAAACGAAAAAAUUUCGCAGAAAUGAUUAG